AUGAAGAGCUUCGCUGCCACCACUGCUGCCCUUGCGGCCCUUCUUCCUCUGGUUCACGGCCACGGCUUCGUCACUAGCCCUCAGCCCCGUAUGCCCGGUCCUGCCAUGAAGGCUGCCUGCGGUAACCAGGUCGAGAUCAACCAGCAGUCCGACAACUAUGGCAACAUCCAGGGUGAACUGCAGGUCGCCGCCACCCAGAACGACUACAACGCUGCCGAGUGUGACAUCUGGCUGUGCAAGGGUUACAAGUUCGAUGACAACAAGGACAACGUUUUCUCCUACAAGGCCGGCCAGACCAUCGACUUCGGUGUUGACAUCCGCGCCCCUCACACCGGUGUUGCCAACGUCUCCGUUGUCGACACUGCCAGCAACUCUGUGAUCGGUCAGCCUUUGAUCUCCUGGGACGUGUACGCCUCUACCGCCACUGGUGUCAAGCCCGACGAGACCAGCUUCAAGGUCACCCUCCCCACUGAUCUGCCCUCCAAGUGUGCCACCGCGGGUAACUGUGUUCUCCAGUGGUACUGGUACGCCCAGUCCAUUGACCAGACCUAUGAGUCCUGCAUUGACUUCACCGUCGGCGGUGGCUCUGCCUCUGGCUCCGGCUCCAGCUCCUCCGGCUCGACCACCUCCAUGCCCGCUACCGCAAAGACCACCACCGCUGCUGUCCAGUCUUCUUCGGCUUCCGUUCAGCCUCUGACCACUCUUGCCACCCAGGCUCGUCAGGGUACCACCCCUACCCAGGCUGCUGGCUCCAACAGCGGUUCCUCUUCCUCCUCUAACGGUGCUGGCACCGCUGCCAGUGGCAUCCCCACUGGCUCUGCUCAGGACACCCUCGAAUACGUCCGUGCUGUCUUCCAGUACCUUGCCGGUAACUAA